AUAUUUCGAAACAAUUGACUUUGAAAAAUAUCAUUAGAAGAAUAUAUCAAUAAUUCUGACAAUAAAGCUCAAAUAUACAGAAGGCCGUGAUAUUCAGAGUUUCCGUAUUCACUGAGCCUCCAUUUCCUUUUCGGCUCAAGUUGUUGUAGGUUAAACUAGGGUUUCUUUUCAAGUUUUGAGUACCACGAUGGCCGUCGGUAAAAAUAAGGGACUUUCCAAAGGAGGAAAGAAAGGUGCAAAGAAGAAGAUUGUUGAUCCUUUCACGCGUAAGGACUGGUAUGAUGUCAAAGCACCAGUUUUGUUCACAAACCAUCACAUCGGCAAAACUCUGGUCAACCGUACCCAAGGAACAAAGAUCGCGUCCGAAGGUUUGAAAAACAGAGUUUUUGAAGUUUCGUUAGCUGACUUGUUGAACGAGCCUGAUGCAGAGAGGUCCUUCAGGAAGUUCAAGCUUAUCGCUGAAGAAGUUCAGGCAAAGAGUGUCCUCACAAAUUUCCAUGGAAUGGACUUGACCACCGACAAAUUGAGGAGUAUGGUCAAGAAAUGGCAGACACUUAUUGAAGCGAACGUUGACGUGAAAACGACUGACAACUACUUGCUCCGAGUAUUCUGCAUUGGUUUCACCAACAAGGACCAGCUUUCACUCCGUAAGACCUGCUACGCCCAGCAUACACAGGUGCGAAUGAUCCGCAAAAAGAUGGUUGACACCAUCACAAAAAGCAUCAAGGACAGCGAUCUGAAAGGAUUUGUGAACAAGCUUCUACCUGACUCCAUUGCCAAGGAUAUUGAGAAGGAAUCACAAGGCAUCUACCCACUCCACGAUGUCUACAUUCGCAAGGUGAAAGUAUUGAAGAAGCCGCGUUUCGAGCUGAGCAAACUGCUUGAGAUGCACGUAGACGGAAAGGGAGGAUCGAGCGGCGCGGGGGGAGAGGAGACAGGUGCCCCACUUGACCGAGCUGAGGGCUACGAGCCACCGGUGCAGGAAAGUGUUUAACAUCUCCAUUUGAACAUGGAAAUUAUUAAAGUUUCUUUGUAAA